AUGCCCCUCGAUAAUGUUACCAGCGGUGUGACCGGACAGCUUCCUCCCGACAAAGUCCAAUCAACAACAAGCGGAGUGGUUAAGAAAAGCGCACCAAAAAAGCAAAACCGAACGACAAAGGACCUAACUGACCCCUUUCCUUCGGACGAUGCUCCCCCAAAAGACGAAGACAUCGACAACAAUCUCUCACUUUCAUCGAUAUGGUCCACCAUCACAACAUGGUUCUCCACACUGUUCCCCCAAGCCUUUGAUUACCUCCAGUCCUGCGUGCAGAGAUUGGUCGCCUGGCUCCUCCCCCCGCCCCGUCAAGCUGCGAUUUAUGAAACUGCAUUGAAGCACCCUGCCGCAUCAACCUUGAUCGUUUGUCAGAUGAUUUGCUGUGGGGUUCCUCUACUGGCAUUCUUGGCUGGCGUGUUUAUCUUCGCUGCGGUGUCGAUACUGCUUUGGACUGUUCUGUCGUUGCUCAUUCUUGGUCCAGUGUUGUUGGGCACAAGUAUGAUGGGUAUGUUUCUAUGGGGCUGGGGUUGGAUCUUCUAUGGUUUGGUCAAAUGGGUUGAUCAGCGGUUCUUGGGUGGUAUAAUUGCACGCUUUUGGCUUCGUCAGACGCAAUCGGAGUCGACUGGCGGAGAGGGUCAGUCCGAGGAGGAGAAAAAGGAUGAGUAA